AGCACACAAAUUACGGUAAUGGAAAGCACUGCGGAAUCUGACAUUAGUAUCAGAAUCAUAGUAUCGAAAGAGCUUUGCGGAGAAAUAUGGAUGCUGUACUUUUCGCUAUUAUUAUAAUAAUUAUCGUAGUGUUUUUCAUCAUCGUAUUUAUCAUCACCAUGGAGGGCACAUGCAAAUCAAAUUCAUCCAGUUGACUAGAGCAGGUCCAAGUCCCUCCCUGUUACAUAUCCGAAGGACUAAUUUAAAUUUUUGGGCUCCUUGGCCGAUAGAAACCAAUUGUAGUAUUAUCUUCAGAGUUUUUUGUGUUUGCAAGUAAAUUUAAAUGGAUCGAGUGGGAAGAAGAGGUAGGGAUAAGUUCAUUGCGUGGGCAUUGCUGGUGGUGCUUUUGGAGUCUAGUAACAGAAGGGUUUUGGGUUCUGGAUCAUGUCCCUUCAGCCAAGUGGCCUCCGCAGAUGAUCACCAUCACCAUGAAGGUCAGGAGCAUUCCCAUUCUCAUUCUCAUGGCGGGUUUGGGCAUUCUCACCAUCAACAUCAUCACCACGAAGGUCAUAUUCAUGAGGACAAGGUUGAACUUUUAGGUCACGAGGAUGAGGAGGGGCAGUUUCAUUCUCAUUCUCAUCAUGGGUGUGGGCAUUCUCAUCACGGUCAUGACCAUGAACACGAAGUACAUUCUCAUCACAAGCAUCACCAUGGCCAUGAACUUGACGAGGGCCAAACAGCAAAGAAAUUCAGACUUCAAGAAGAAUUGGAAGAGGAGGAGGAUCUAAGAUUGUAUGGAUUUGAUUCUCAGUAUCAUGACCAUGAUAAUGAAGAGCACGCCCACAACCAUUUACCAACUGCAGGUCUUUGGCUGCGUGCAAUGGGUUGCUCAUUGCUAGUGAGCAUGGCUUCACUGAUAUGCCUCAUGAUUCUUCCUCUAAUUGUUUUACAAGGGAAGCCUUCCAAGAUAGUUGUUGAUUUAUUGGCGGCAUUUGGGGCUGGAGCCAUGGUAGGCGAUGCUUUCCUUCACCAGCUACCACAUGCUUUAGGUGGUUCUCACAACCAUUCUCAUGCACAUUCUUUUAAUAAUGACCACGAUCACACCCACAACAAUAACCAUAACCACGAUGGCAUAGAUUCUCUUGUUGGCCAUUCACAUUCACACUCUUUGGAGGAACUUUCAGUUGGAAUUGCUGCUUUGGUGGGAAUCAUUCUCUUUUUCCUUGUUGAAAAAAUUGUAAGGUAUGUUGAAGGGGCAUCACAAGGGUUUCAAGGUUUUCAUCAUGGGCACCAUCACCAUCACAAAAGCAAUGCAUGUUCAAAGAAAGAUGAUGAUGAUCAUCAUGAUCAUGAAAGCGAAGCAAUUGAUGAGACAGAAAGCAGUGAAUCCGACAAAGAAAAUGAGGAAAAUUCAUUAGAUGAAAAUGGUUGUGUUAGUGAUGCAGCUGAAAAGAAAGAUAGCACACUGGGCACAACUCUGCGGAAGCGAAAUAAAUCCAAUGGAGCCAGUGUGCCUGAGAAGGAACUACCAAAUUCUUUAGAUGCUUCUAGUGAGAUUGUUGAAACCUCAGAAGUGAAGUCAACUCCCGAUUCAACAUCAAAUCUGGUUGUUGGUUACUUGAAUCUAUUUUCAGAUGGAGUGCAUAAUUUUACAGAUGGAAUGGCACUAGGAAGUGCAUUCUUACUCCAUGGGUCAGUUGGGGGUUGGUCCCGAACUUUGUUUUUGCUUGCACAUGAGCUUCCCCAGGAGAUUGGAGACUUUGGGAUAUUGGUGAACUCAGGCUUCAGUGUUUUCAAGGCACUUUUCUUCAAUUUCUUAUCAGCACUGGUUGCAUUAGCUGGAACUGCUUUGGCACUAUUAAUCGGAAAAGAUCCAGGACAUUCUGCAUGGAUAGAGGGAUUCACAGCUGGUGGUUUUAUCUACAUCGCAAUGGUUGGGGUGCUUCCUGAAAUGCACCAGAAAGGGAUUUCAUUUAAGAACACACUGCUUCAGUUGAUAUCUUUGAUGUCAGGAAUGGGCGUGGCUCUGUGUAUAUCACUUUUUGAGUGAAGGUUGAAUUGGGUGUCUCACGAAGAUAAGUGCAAACUGAAGCUUCUCUGAGAGCAAUGGGUUUUACUUUCCUCUGCCUCUCUUUUCUGAAGUCUCAAUGCCUUAUGGUUCAGUUCUGCAAUGCCAACAAGUACCACACCUUUAGUGUGAGUUUCAAUGAGUAAAUGUGUUCAGAUUAGUCACAGUUUUCACAGUAAGGUUGAAACAGCAAGAUAAUUAUUUUAAUGCUAGCAAGAUCUGUACCUUGUUUCUCUUAUUUACAUCAAAUCUAGGAUGGCUAAUAUAUCAUCCUUGCCUGUAUUAUUCAUACUUUAAGUUUAUAUGAAUUCCGGGUAUUUAAAGCUGUCAA